GCAGGUGACGUCGUAGCCACGUGACAGAUGGCUUACUUCGCGGCUUUCGGCGAACGUAUUUUAAAAAUUAAAGAAAUGUUUUCCACCGCAACUUUCUUUUCCCGCCGAGUCAAUUGGAGCAAAACAUUCGGUUGUCGACGAAGGUUGCCUGAAGAGCGGAAAAGCAGCCGGCUGUUGGUUUCUCGAACCGUUUGCUGUAGGGGGCGUGCGUCACGUGACCCACACGCGGCGGCGGCCGCUCGGUAAAGAUGGCGACAGCUGGCUAGAAAGGCAGAGCGCAGAGAUCGAGAGCCACCCCCCCACCCCGACAAUCGAGCAGCGCAGGGCUGGAGAUCGGAGGCCGGGAAGAGGAAAAGUGAGUCGGGCAAGGUGAAACCCGAGAGCGAGGGGGAAGAAAAACACACAUUUAACCGCAGGAGAGUCCCGGCCGUUGAGGAAAUAGGUAAUAAUAAGGCCUGCGUGACGAGAAGCGCACACUAAGUCGCCUUUUUUGUUUGACUGCUGUUACGGUGACUGAGCAGAACAGGGCGAAGGUGUGAGGCUUUAGCAGAGCUCAUUCUGGAAACCGGGUUGAUGGAGGCGGUGUCGAAAUCAGUCGUGAACUUGAGCAGCACGGCUUAACAUUCGGGAUUGUCACCGACGUGCCGUCUGUUUGUACGGGAGGUUCGUGUUUUAAAUGCCUCCUUGAGGACUGCGUGUGCUCUGUGCUGUUACGGCGCUGUUAGAGUUCACAUCGCGGGGCUGCGUAUCGACCGGUAGAUGAUGGAUCCAGGUCAGGAUCUUUUACUUGCUGCUUUAAGUGAGAGUGGAAUAAGUCCAAAUGACCUGUUUGAUGUUGACCCCCUGGAUUCUGGGUUGGCUACCCCAAUUCCUUCUGUUGCUCUUCAGCAGUCUGUGCCAAUUAGUGCGUUAGAGCUUGGCUUGGGUACAGAGUCUGCAAUAGCAGUGAAGCCAGACACUUCUGUGACAAUUAAGCAGGAGCCAGGUCUUCCACUUACUUCAUCGAUCAACAUUCGGAAACCGCAGCCAUCAACCACAACAUUUGUCUUGAAUCAGUUAAAUCAGCUGCCAUCACUGGGAACAAUGGUUGUAACCAGACCGGCUGCUGGUAGCACUUCGAGGCCAAGUAUUACUAUGACAAAGAUUGUUCAUGGUACAGCACCAACUUGCCAGUCACCAGCCAGUCCAGGAAUGCAGAGCACACUGUCGGCACCUGGCAAAGAUCAGAUUCAACUGAAAGACCUUUUGAAAAAUAAUAGUCUCAAUGAGCUGAUGAAACUGAAGCCACCAUCCAAUAUUGCACAACCAGUGGCAACGGCUACCAAGAUUAUUGUACUUUCAACAAAGGUGAUAAAACAAGCUGAGCUUAAUAAUGGAGUAAAGAAGGAAAUCACAAACAAGGAAGUGGCACGAAUUUGGGUAAAUGACGAUCUCAAAGUACGGAGCUUCUCCCCCACUAGCCAUCAGAAUGCUUACAGCAUGUCAGCUGUACCAAAAAUACCUGGAAUAAAAGAGGAGGAGGAGCAAGAAGAAGACGAAGAGGAAGAACUUGGCCAUGCUGAAACUUAUGCUGAAUAUAUGCCAAUGAAAUUGAAAAUUGGCUUACGGCACCCUGAUCAGGUUGUUGAAACAAGCUCUCUUUCGAGCGUUUCCCCUCCCAAUGUGUGGUACCGACUCUCCAUUCCUGAGGAGACUAUAGAUCGGGGUUGGCUGUCAGCGCUGCAGCUUGAAGCAAUUACGUAUGCUGCUCAGCAACAUGAAACAUUCCUUCCAAAUGGGGACAGAGCUGCCUACCUAAUAGGAGAUGGAGCUGGUGUGGGCAAAGGGCGGACCAUUGCUGGCAUUAUCUAUGAAAAUUAUCUUUUAGGAAGGAAAAGAUCCCUAUGGUUCAGUGUAUCUAAUGAUUUGAAAUAUGAUGCAGAAAGAGAUUUAAGAGACAUUGGAGCAAAAAACAUUCAGGUCCAUUCCUUAAAUAAAUUCAAAUAUGGAAAAAUUUCUUCAAAGCACAAUGGUAGUGUAAAGAAGGGUGUUAUAUUUGCAACAUAUUCUUCCUUAAUUGGUGAGAGUCAGUCAGGUGGAAAAUACAAGACAAGAUUUAAGCAGCUUCUGCACUGGUGUGGAGAUGAUUUUGAUGGUGUUAUUAUUUUUGAUGAAUGCCACAAAGCUAAGAAUGUAUGUCCAAUAGGUUCUUCCAAGCCAACAAAAACUGGUUUAGCAGUUUUAGAACUACAAAACAAGCUUCCUAAAGCAAGAGUGGUUUAUGCUAGUGCUACAGGUGCUUCUGAGCCAAGAAACAUGGCAUAUAUGAAUCGACUUGGAAUCUGGGGUGAAGGAACUCCAUUUAAAGAGUUCAGCAAUUUUAUUCAAGCAGUCGAGAGAAGAGGUGUAGGGGCCAUGGAAAUUGUGGCUAUGGAUAUGAAGUUAAGAGGGAUGUACAUAGCAAGACAGCUAAGCUUUGCUGGUGUAACUUUCAAGAUUGAAGAGGUACCUCUGUCCCAAGACUACAUCAAGAUGUAUAAUAAAGCUGUUCGGUUGUGGGUGUCUGCUAGAGAGAAGUUUCAGUUGGCUGCCAAUCUCAUGGAUGCAGAACAGAGGAUGAAAAAGUCAAUGUGGGGACAGUUCUGGUCAGCCCAUCAGAGGUUCUUCAAGUAUCUCUGCAUAGCAUCCAAAGUGAGCAGGGUGGUUCAGCUGGCUCGUGAAGAAAUUAAAAACGGCAAGUGUGUGGUUAUUGGCCUCCAGUCCACUGGAGAAGCUCGAACACUGGAAGCACUGGAAGAGGGAGGUGGAGAACUGAAUGACUUUGUCUCCACUGCAAAAGGGGUCAUGCAGUCCCUUAUAGAAAAGCAUUUUCCAGCUCCUGACAGACAGAAGCUCUUCAGUUUGCUGGGAAUUGAUUUAUCUUCCAAGAAAACUCCUCCUCCCAGUGAUAAACCCUCCAAUGAAGCAACAGGCAAAAAACGCAAAGGUAUGGAUGUAAAAAAAGAGGCCAAGAAGCCGCGCAAAUCGGGGGGUCUUGGUGGCAGCAGUUCAGAGAACAGUGACAGUGACUCUGUUUCUGAAGAUGAAGUAGACAGUGACAAUGACAGUUUCAAGUCUGUCAGUUCUGGAGAAGAUGAUGAGGAUGAUUUCAAUCCAUUUAGGGAUGAAUCUAGUGAAGAUGAAGAGGAUGACCCUUGGCUGAUUCGAAAAGAACAUAAGAAAAACAAAGAGAAAAAGAGCAAGAAGAAAAAAAGUGUAGAUCCUGACUCCAUUCAAAGUGCCUUGUUAGCUUCUGGUCUUGGAUCAAAACGACCGUCCUUUUCAUCUCAAGCUGUUAAGUCCACUUCUAGCGUCGCACCUUCAACUGUUAAGAAAGAAAGCGACACUAGCAGCUGUGUGACGAGUCAGGAUGCAGUGGAGGCAGCUCAACAGAUGAAACGAGAGCUGCUUGAAGAGCUGGAAAAGCUGUCUGGAGACUUGCCCCCAAAUACUCUGGAUGAACUGAUUGAUGAUCUUGGUGGCCCUGAUAAUGUGGCUGAGAUGACUGGACGCAAAGGCAGAGUUGUAAGCAAUGAUGAUGGAAGCAUCUCCUAUGAAUCUCGGUCUGAACUGGAUGUACCUGUUGAAAUUUUGAACAUUACAGAAAAGCAGAGGUUCAUGGAUGGAGAGAAGAACAUUGCCAUAAUCUCUGAAGCAGCAAGUUCUGGCAUUUCUCUGCAUGCAGACAGAAGAGUCCAAAACCAGCGGAGGCGAGUGCACAUGACUUUGGAACUGCCGUGGAGUGCUGAUCGAGCUAUUCAGCAGUUUGGAAGGACACACAGAUCCAACCAGGUGACAGCCCCAGAGUAUGUGUUCCUUAUAUCUGAGCUGGCUGGUGAGCAAAGAUUUGCUUCUAUUGUAGCGAAAAGGCUGGAAAGUCUGGGUGCUCUCACACAUGGAGAUAGAAGAGCUACUGAAUCUAGAGAUCUAAGCAGAUUCAACUUUGAUAAUAAGUAUGGUAGAAAUGCUUUGGAAAUCGUCAUGAAGUCUAUUGUAAAUUUCGAUUCUCCUAUUGUGUCUCCUCCUGCAAGUUUUGAAGGGGAUUUCUUCAAAGAAAUUCGGCAGGGAUUAAUAGGUGUUGGCUUGAUAAAUGUGGAAGAUCGUUCUGGAAUCCUCAGCUUGGAUAAAGAUUAUAACCACAUUGGCCGAUUCUUAAAUCGAAUUUUGGGCAUGGAGGUGCAACAGCAGAAUGCACUAUUUCAGUACUUCUCAGAUACUUUAAAUGCAGUUAUUCAAAAUGCAAAAAAGAAUGGAAGAUACGACAUGGGCAUUUUAGAUCUCGGAUCAGGAGAUGAAAAGGUUAAAAAGUCAGAUGUCAAAAAAUUUCUCACUCCUGGAUAUUCUACAUCAGGUCAUGUGGAGCUCUAUACAGUAAGUGUAGAAAGAGGCAUGUCUUGGGAAGAUGCCAUGAAAGUAUGGGCUGAACAAUCUGGAACGGAUGAUGGCUUUUAUUUGCAGAUAAGAAAUAAUAAAAAGACAGCAAUCAUUGUUAAAGAAGUUAACACCAAAAAGAGGCUGUUUCUGGUAUACAGGCCUAAUACGGGGAAACAGCUUAAAAUGGAGACCUAUGCAGAUAUUCGGAAAAAAUGCAAGAAGGUACUUUCUGAUGAUGCCAAACAGCAUUGGAUGGACCAGUACAUUUCUUCAGCAGACAUUUGCUCACAUGCUUACUGGCGAGGAAAUUGCAAAAAGGCAUCGAUUGGAUUACAAUGUGAAGUUGGCUUGCGCUGCAGAACCUACUUUGUUCUGUGCGGGUCUGUCCUGAGUGUGUGGACAAAAGUAGAGGGCGUGCUAGCAUCUGUGAGUGGGACAAAUGUCAAAAUGCAGAUUGUCCGCUUGAGAACAGAGGAUGGCCAAAGGAUUGUGGGUCUGAUCAUUCCUGCCAACUGUGUGUCGCCCCUCAUCAAUAUCCUCUCGUCGUCCGAUCAAUCGCAGCAGAUUGCAGUGCAACAACAGCAGAUGUGGCAGCAGCUCCAUCCGCAGAGCAUCAAUCAUUUCAGCAACACAUAGCGUCAGGCCGAGGCCAAGCGGGUGCUGCCAAAAGAGACUUCUGAAGUAAAAUGUAACAAAGCCGCUUGCUCUGUGAGCAUGUAUGUAUGGUGACAUUUUUUGGACAUUUUUCAGGGUUCUUUGCCAAAGAAUUCUGAGACAUUUGCUGGGUUUCUCAAUGCCUUGUGCUUCAGAACUGGAGGAGGCCGGCCGGCUGCGUGUGAGUGAGGAGAGCCGAGGCGGAUCAAGCGUCUCCGUACAUCUCUGCUCUCCGCAUCUGCUUGGCUGGGCUCAUGAGCUGCAGACUGAGGAUCCUCCUGCAAGUGAAUUGUUUGAACUUGAAUGGUCCCUUGUAUCCGUUACAGUGCUCAGGGGUUCCUGUUUAGAAGAAAUGCACUUUUUUUUUUUCCUUUUUUUUCAAGUCUGUAAGUUUUUGGGGAAAUAUUUUGACAGACGCGUGAUUAAUUUUUUAUGUGCUGAUGCGAGUAUGUUUCCAAAGCAUGUCAAGAGAAAUGUCAUAAUGUGCUUUUAACUCUCCCCUCCGGUCCACCCCACAUUCGUGUUUUGUUUUUUUUUUUUCCUUUCACUCUCACACCAUGAAACUCCCCCUCUAUAAAUUAUUAGUCGGAAUUCAAAGCUGGAUCAUUUCUCAGAAGCAUGCUGAUUUGGUUUUUUAGUAAUGUCGGAACAGAUUGCUUUGAGGGGGAAUGGACAAACGAGGCCUGAUAACUGGAACGGCUGAGUUUACGAGAGACCACCGAGAAAUGAACAAACCCGGGUGGCCACUUUCACGCCAACGGUGUCUGAACCUUUUCCCAUUUCACUGGUGUCUCGAUGAAAUCCUUUCUCAUCGGAAGCUGGUAUGAGCAUUUUGCUGUACAAAUGUGUAUAUUUACAUAACUGUAUCCUAAUACGGACAUUUUGUUUUGCUUAUAAGUGAGACACUUAUAAGAGAAGUGAAGGACAAUGUUUGUCAUUUCAUGCUUGCACGAGUUGCACUACUGAAACAGAUUUCAUUGUACAUUAAAAUUGUAAACUGUUAAAAACACUUUGCAAGACUUUGAAUUCUUGCAAAUGACCAAUUAAAAAAUGGUACCAAAUGUUUCUAUAA